CGCGGAUCCGCAGGGAUCCGCGGUGCGAUCUGCGGGGUUUUUUUUUUCCCUCCGCGCUGUCCCCUCUCUCUAUCUCUCUUCGCGAUCCGCCGUCCGAUCUCCCUGCCGGGAUCCGCGGUCUCUCCGACCUCCCAGCGGGAUUCGCGGCACGAUCCUCGCCGGUGUGAGAUCUGGCGAGGAUCUCUUGGCCACCGCCUCGCCCCCGCCUCUUUCUCUCCUAUCACGCAUCUCUCUCUCUCUCCGAUCCCGCCUCUCUCUCUUCGAUCUCUCUCCGAUCUCCCCACAGGAAUCCGCGCUCAAAUCUCUCUCCGAUCUCCCUGCCGGGAUCCGCGCACCUCCUGCGCUCUCUCCGACUCCUGCCGGGAUCCAAGGUGCGAUCUUCGCCGGUGGGGAUCUGGCGAGGAUCUUCUUCUCCUCUUCCCCCUCCCCAUCGCGCGCCCUCGCAAGCCCCCUCGCCCUCUCCGUUGCGCCCGCUCCCUGUUCGACCAAAUGCCGAGCCGAUCGCGGGGCGCUCCGCGGGCAUCGAGAGGUGGGGCGCGGCGCCGGGGGUGGGGGUGGGGGUAGAGAUAGGAUUUGGGUGAGGAUCCGUCGCCGAAGGCAGCAGCGGUGGUGGCGCGCUACACGGUGGGGCCCAUCUCCGUGUCUGCGACUUCAAGGCUUAAUGAAGCAUUGUCUGAGAUCAAAGUGGUGGCGCGCUGCACGCCGUACAAUCCCAUCGACAGCGGCGACGGCGCCGCCCCAGCAAGCUUCGCAGCGGAGCUCGGCCUCUUCACCUCAGUGCUUGGCGACGGGGGCAACGAGAUUGACGCAUCCUCCUCUUUCAAAUCACUCAAUCCAACUUGAUGAUGAUUCACAACUUUGGCAUCAUCUUUUGUGUUAUUUCAGAGGAAAUGCAAGCAGUAAGCAAAGGACCGGAGAAAGUUGAACAAGAAUUAACUGCAUCUGAGAACGAUGGUCGUGUGUCCGAGACUUUCCGCAAGACACUGAAGACUUUUCUUAAUGUUGCUGAAGCUGAAGUUAGGGCUUUAACUUCGUUGUAUUCUAACGUGGGGAGGAAUGCUGAUGCUUUAGCUCUUUAUUUUGGAGAAGGUCCUGCCCGCUGUCCAUUCGAGCAAGAUUACUGGUGUUGCUUUAAAACAACUCUGAAGAAUAAGAAAGGUUAUGUUGCACCGAGCCCACCACCUACCCGUCGCGACGGCUGCUCCUCACUCCUCCUCCUCUGCCUGACCCGCCACUAG